AUGAAUUGGCUGGACUUUAAAGGUAAGAAAAAAUUUUAAAUUUUUGCCAUAUUUUAUUGCACCCUUGUUUGCUAUAUUUUAUCGCACCCCAGCCCUACCCUGUCCCUGCUAUAGCCCAAUCCUAACUCUACGCUACUCCUCAACUAAUGUUAAAUAUUUUAGAAUUCAAUAUAGUAGAAGCAAUAUUGUAUGUUACUGUAAUAAUCAUGACGACAUCGCUUUUUUCAAUUGUCUUAGUAUUACCAGACGCCUUGGACAAAUUACAUACAACGCGUACUGUAAUUUCUGAAGUGUCAUCACAAUUUCGAAUUGAAUCAAAUGAACUGUGGCAAGAAUUAUUGGAAUUUAACAAUGGAAGAAAAAAAAGAAGUUUGACUUUGGAAGAAAUAAAAAUUUUAGCAGCUAAGUCAACUUUAAAUCGACGGGUUUUUAAAAAUGAUAAAAAUGAUCACGGUACCAAACAAUGGCAUAAGAUCCCGAACAGAAGUGGAAGUACUAAAAAUAAAGUUGUGAGUCAAAACAGUUUUAAAAGUACGAAAAAUCGUCUUUCAAAGGAGGUCAGUACUCAAGGUAGCAGAACUAUUACUGCUUUCAACAAAGAUGGUGAUAAAUUAAGCGUAGGACAACUAAGUGAUGCUAGACAAGCAAAGAAAAGCUUAGAAAAUAACAAAGUAAAAACACUGCAGAAAAAUAAUACCAACUUUAGAAAGACAUUUCAAAAUGCCAUUUCUGUCAAGAAGGGUACAAAUGACGCUAUCUUUGACAAAAAACCUUUAAAUAAUACCAGUUUACCCAAAAAUGCUGUAAGAAGAAAACAAAUCAACAAAAAUCAUGUUCAUAGCCAUAAGAACCAAAUACACAAUUUUGGCCCACAAAUAAUCGACUCUAAACAUCUUCACAUCCUUAAUAUGCCAUCUUCAGUUAAAGACAACACCCCCAAAAAGCAAUACCUACAUCAUCAAUCCGAUAAUGAAGUUUCUUACAAAGCUAGACAUCCUAGAAACUACAAACUGCUAAAUACUGGUUCAGCUUAUCCUAAAAGUGCUAGACCAAGACAAAAUGGAGUUUUAAACAUCAAUGAUGAAUACUCUGACAUAAUAGACGCUUUUUCAAACAGUGAUGACAAUGCUGAUGCCAAAACUCAAAAUGUCAUAAAUGAUGACAUUUUUGAGACUUCUGAUUUUACUUUAGCCUCAAAAGAUGAAUAUACAGAACCAAAAAUGAACUUGGCUACUGAUGAUUCUGGCUUCAAUAAUUUUUCUACUAAAUUUUCAAAUAAUGACAACUCAUCAAUAAAUAGCAAAAGUACACCAAAUGAGCCCAGAAAUUACGGUAAUGAUACGAAUUUUAUCAAACCUUUUGAAAACACUUCAAAAAAUAAAAACGUUUUUAAAAACUCAAAUAAAAAUGACCUACAAAGAACUACAGUACCUUAUAAUGUUGUCGACAUAUUAAACCAACAUGAAGAAGAAGAGGAGUUACCUAAAUAUCAAUUCGAUACUGGACUAGAACCAUUACCUACACCGGAAAAUAAAAAUGGUUUGUUUUAUCUACCCUGCUACACUUUUCCUAUAUUAAUUUAUAGUCCAUGAUGUUAUAAUAACUCAUUUUUAGAUUCAUCGACGGAAAAAAUAGUAACACUAGAAAGUGUACCUGUACCAUUAGGUUAUAUACCGUUCCCAUUCCAAAAAUUCAACUUUUUGGGCAAUGAAGAUCUAUCCGACAGUGACAAACCUACAUCGACUACUGAAAAAUCAGACUUAUUAGAAGACAACGCUUCUGUCGACAGUUUUAAUGAAGACAUUUUUGAUGAAAAGCAAGCUGCUACUGCGUUGGAAGUAAGUUAAUAUUACCGUCUAUCGGUCGCAGUCAACAAAGACCGAUUUCACAGUGCAAAAGGUUUUUUGUAAAUUUAAACGAUUUCAGCAUUUAAUCCGAGUAAACACUAUAGAAGCCCAUAACAAACACAUAUUUCCGGACAAAGUCGACCAAUACUUACAUCCAGGUGGACCAUCGACUGUAGCACCAGAACCACUAGAGUCAUCAAUUAUAGAAAAUGCAUCAUUUGGAAUGGAAAUGACAGUCGAAGAAUGUCAAGGACCUUUAGGAGACCCGGGAGAUCUGGGAGAAGAUGGUUAUGAUGGUAUAAAUGGACCUGAUGGUGCUCCUGGUGCAGAUAUGUCAUUAGAGUAUAUUGAGGAUGAAGAUGGCUGUCAGGUGUGCCCAACAGGCCCGCCGGGCUUUGUUGGAAAAGAAGGAGACAUGGGUAAACAGGUAAACUAUAUAAGUUAUAUUUUUUAUCUGAAAAUAAAUUAAAUAUUGAUUUCUUUUUUAGGGAAUACCCGGUUUUCCAGGCCCUCCAGGAUUCGUUGGUCUGGACGGAAAUUCAUCUGAUUGUACAGGACCAAUCGGACCAGCGGGUGAUCCAGGUUUGCCUGGUAAUAACGGGCCAGUUGGUUCGCCUGGUGAUGAUGUUAUGUCGGGAAUUGGAGAACCAGGCCCAGAAGGAGAAGAAGGCUUUAUUGGACCAAGAGGUACUGUAGGGCGACCUGGCAAACCUACAGUAUUCUUGCCUGGACUACCUGGAAAGCAGGGACUACAAGGACCACCCGGUCGGAACGGUUCGCCUGGUCAGGGUGGUGUUGUCGGAGUGGCCGGUGAACCUGGGAAUGAUGCUAGGUAGGAAGUUACUCUGUUUCCAGUUGGAACUAUGAUUUUUUAAAGCUAAACUUUAUCUUACAUAUUCAAAAUAAUAUAUAUUAUAAAUGUUUUCAGCUACUGCCCAUGUCCAAGACAUCCUGGUUUGAACCCGAAUUCCGCCAAGAAACCCUACAAAUACUCAUUGACACCUUUGAGUCAGGGAAAUCCCUUCGGCAUUGUUUCUUCCGAACCUUUGAUACCGAAAAAGAAAGUCCCUUGGAUUAAAGACAAAGUCAAAAAGUUUAAAUCUGCUUUGAAUCCCAAGGCUUUUUAA